AUGGCUUCUUCCAAGGCAGCCCUUGCACUCUUCCUCGCCCUCAACCUCCUCCUCUUCGCAUCCUCGCCGGCCACCGCAACCGUGGGGGCGUGCGAUCCGGCCAACCUGAACGUCUGUGUCGACCUGCUGGAGUCGUUGCUUAAGAUCCGGCUCGGACCCCAGCCGGCGAGCCAGCCGUGCUGCAGCCUCAUCAAUGGGCUGGCUGACCUCGACGCCGCGCUUUGCGUCUGUGCUGCCCUUAAGGUUCCCAACAUCCUUGGGCUCGGAGGGCUCGUUAACGGGCUCAACAUUAACCUUGCUCUCUCCGUGCUGCUCAACCAAUGCGGCCACCAGGUUCCCGCCGGCUUCAUCUGCGCUUACUGA